AUGGGGUUCUUGCGAUGCGGCUUAGUAGCCGCCGUCGCUACGCUGGUGGCAUCGGCCUUGGCAUCCCCCACCGGAGAACUCGCGUCCAGGCAGGAGGGGACGGGUGUGGGAUUCACCUACUCGUUCCCGGAAUACCGCGAGGUUUUCCAAGUUGCGCCACCUGUUCUGGGGCCGGAGGGUCCGCUGGAUUCGUGGGGCAGAGAUAGGGUCAAGGUUCAGGAACCGAUACAGAAGCGGCAGGAAACGGGGGCUUGCAAGAUGCUGCUCAUGGAGCAUACAUUCGCGUCUAGCUAUGAGAAGCCCUUUAUCGGCAACUAUACCCCACCCGACUGCGAGUUCAAUCGUGUGCUUUUGAACUUUACGGCAACUGUCCAGCCAGGUGUCCAAUACGAUCGCCUAGCCAUCAUGUAUCUAGGUGAUACGGAGAUAUGGCGAACGUCGACGGCCGAACCGCUCAGGGAGCGUGGCGGCGCGAUCUGGACCUACUGGAAAGACGUGACGCCGUUCAUGUACUUUUGGAAGCAGCCGCAAAAGAUCAUUUUCGACCUGGGCAACAUUGUGGAUGAGCAGUACACUUCGCCCUUUAACACGACACUGACGGCUACCUUUUUCGUGGCCGACGAAGACAGUGUAGGGACGACGGUCGCAGCCGGAGCCGAGAAGUGGGGACCAGCGGACCGCAUCAUCCCCGUGUCCGCGCGCAAAAGUGCCACGGACCAAGUCAGCGCCUGGAGGUUCCCCGAGGACGAAGCCAAGGACACGCUCACAGCCUUUCCCGCAACGCGCGCCGCGCCGUGUUUAGCCAAGGUCGACAGCUUCGACCCCGGCACUGUCAGCGGGCUGGACGCGUGGCGUGAGGUGCAGGUCUUCAUCGACGACCACCUCGUCGGGGUUUCGUGGCCGUACCCGGUGCUCUUCACCGGGGCGAUGAGUCCGAUGAUGCACCGUCCCAUAGUCGGCUUGAACACCUUUGACUUGAAGGAGCAGGAAAUCGACAUUACCCCGUGGCUCCCGCUGCUGUGUGACGGGGAGGACCACACCGUCUCUCUGCGGGUCGUGUGCCUCGACGAUACCGCUGCUGGGGGCCCCGCCAUCGUGCCGACGCCCAGCAACUGGGUUCUGACGGGCAAGGUUUUCGUGUGGCUCGACGAGGACGAGGCCAAGGUCCAGUUCGACCCCAGCGGCGGAGAUAUCCAAUCGAAUCCCUUUGUCUCGGAGACUAGCAUGAUCUACAGCCUCCUCGCCCACCGCGGCUUCGUGGUCGAGGGCAAGAUCGUCACGCAGGCGGGAGAGAAGGAGGUCUCGUGGGCGCAGUCUCUCAACUUCACGACCAACCUCGAGUUUUCGACGAGCCUGAACCCGCGGGGAGGGCAACUUGAACAGACUACCGUGAUGGCGAUUGAGGGCGCCGAGAGCGCUUCGGGCAUGGCCGAGUACCGCUCCGAGUAUAGCUACCCGUUCAAGGGCAUGGCCGCUUUGAGGACUUGGCAAGGUCGGGAUGCUGAGAGGCCUUGGCAGGGAGUUUAUGUGGUCCUUCCGAACUAUCUCUUUGUGCAAGUUGUGGACCAGAAAAUCGAGGGCUCUCCCGUCUUCCCCUCCGGCGUCGAAGCCUACAACGGAACGUAUGGGGCGUCGCACCUCUUUACUACCCGCGAGAGCUUCCACAAUGAGAUGCUCACUGAGAGGGGGAGUAUUUCUCAUAUCCUAUACGGAUCAAACGUUGGACUUCUCUGGGGUAAAUUCAGAGCAGGUCGUGCCUUUGUACAGUAG